GUCGCCCAAAACUAGUGCGAAGUUUGCGAAAAGUAUUUUUUAUAUUUCGACCAUUUUCGUAAUAAGUUUGGAUAACCAAAAUGCGUUGUUGUGUUGUAAACGAAUCCAUGACUAUAAAUGGCAUACCUUUGACAGUUCAUUUAUAACACAAACUUAUAGGUAAAAAAAAGUAAUAGAUGGCGCACCCAGUACAUACAAAGGGCACUAUAUAAGUUUUGCAAUGUGACUUAACAAACGGACGCAGUAGGCUGCAUGUUACUGCAUGUUGAAACAUGUCCAUAAGUGCAUAGUAGUCGCCAGCAGUACGUCCUUGAUUUAGUUGUUCAUUCCUACUGACACUGUAAAGUGCGGGCUACGGCAACGUGGCCACGUAGUGAGAUAAGGGCAGUUUUACGAAAUGACGCUUGCAUCAAAGAAUGA